CUGAUGUUCCGAAUGUUUAAAGCAUUACGAUAACUCCCGAGGACGGGCACUUUUGUUUUGAACUGACAACAUGGACGAGGACCAGAGAACAGCAUAUGAUUUAUCUGUUAUAUUGGUUGGCGAUUUUUUUCAACUACCACCAGUGUCAAGUGAGCUUCAUGGUGACCCAGUUUUAUCACCAGGACUUGAAUGGACCUUAUUGUAGACUUAUGACAUCCAUUCUUUUUCACUUGGAGGAAAACUUCUUUCUCAGUCUGACUCCUCAUCUCCAGUUGUCUGAUCCCAUACCAUUGAAAAAACCAGCAGCAGAAUGUGAACUUGAUACCAGUGGAAGAGAUGUGGGUUCAGUGUGUUAUAGAUUCCAGAAAACACAGUACAGAAGAAGAAAUGGACUCAGAUAUUUCCAAGCUUCUAUGUGGAAUGCCCCUGUUGAACCUGAUAUCCCAGGGCCCAGUGGAGUUAACCAGUCUCCAAUUACUGUUGAACCUCCUGAUUCUGCACCUGUUCUUUCAGAACCUGAAACAAGUCAAGCAAAAGUGAAUAGGACUUCUAGAAGGAAAGGAAAAGGGAGAGGUAAACAAAGAGUGGACAAGUUUGUGGCAAAGUAGCGCAUUCUCCACCGGUGUUGGACUUUCUGGAAAUUGAAGUUUGUCCCAAAAUCACAGAGUUUAAAGAGUGACAGUAUCCAAGAUUCAUCCUCUUGAAUGCUCCUUUCCCAGUUAACAAACCAGUCCAGUGCGUCAUGAUUUUCUGUCGGGUUGAAGAGCCAUCUCGUCGAAUAUCAACCCCCCUUCGAAACCCUCUGGAGGCAGGUUCUUCAUCUUUGCAUCACUGGCCAUCCAGUGCAACAUGCUGGAGUGGAUGCCCGCUUCUUGGUGAAUGAUGUUUUUGUAUCUCUGCAGCAACCUUUGCGAAGGAAGUACAAGGAAAUUGCUACUUCUUAGUUCCGCAUACCCCCGUGGGCUUCUACACCACAAAGUGAGGCACAUCCGGACAAUAUCUUGAUUCCACCUCCGUCCGUUGGGAUGUCUCUCCAAAGCCAAUUUUUGGGACAUCAAAAAUGAUUUAACUUUCUCUGUACAUUGUGGGAAUAAUGAAUUAAAGAUUGUGUGCAUG